AUGCGAAGUUAUCUCCCAGAAGUGGUGCGCGAAAGUCGCAAGGGAGAAGUAACCGGCCUGACGUUCGAGUUGGAGUACAGCGUGGAUAGACUUCCAAGACUGGCCUUGAAUUAUCGAUCAAUCAAGGGAAAAGGAAUGUGGGAAGGCCUCAGAAGAGAUGGUGAAGCCACAACAGGCAGUUUACCUAAAGCUGGAAAGACAGAAGAAUAUGAAUUGUCAUUGAAUAAAUCUUCACUCUGGUACAAUCUGUUGUGGAAUAUGUUGCCUCAUGAAAAAAGACAGAGAACCUUUCCUAAAGGAAUUGAAGAAAGUGAUGAUGAAGUUGAGAAUAUGGGAGAAAUGCGUUUAUUGCCGGGACCGAGGAGAACCGCAUCACUCUUUGAUCUAAGAACAGAAAAUAUGAAAUUUAUGGAGUACCCUGGAUUUGGAAGAAGUGUGUCUACAUUGUUUUUGACUUCUCCAUCUGCAGAGUCAUGCAAGCUAAAGUCUGCAUGUUCAGAGGAGCACUUACCUUGUUCAAGACCUUCAAGUGAUUCUCCUAGGCUGGAGCGAAGGUCACCUGGUGUAGGAUCAUCUAGCGAAUUUCCUAGGCCAGGACCUAGCACACCAGACAUAGGAUUGUCUACAGAAACUCUUUGGUCAGGACAUAGCUUAUCUUAUGCUGGACCAACUAGUGAAUCUCUGAGGCCAGGACCUAGCUCACCUCAUGCUGCAUCUUUUAGUGAAAGUGGGUUGAGGCCUACCUCGCCCCCACCCUUACAUCGCUCACUGUUCUUGCAAUAUUUGAACCAAGAAUUGAUGAAACAACAACUAACAUCAAGAGGAAAAGCAUUUCUUAAAAGCUCAGCAUAUUUUGGCCAAGGACCUAUAAACCUAAUUCCUCCAAAUCAGGUUCCACCAAACCAAGGCAUAGUGAAUCAGAAACCUCCUCAGGGGUCCCCAAACAAGGAGCCAUUUAAUCAAGAAUAUGCACAUCAAGUAUCUUCAAACCUCAUGCCUCUAAACCAGACGACUCCAACCCAAGCACCUUCACAAACUCAAGAACAAGAAGUGAACACCAUGACAGAUGUUCAAAACUUCACAUUUGGACUGAGUCUGGACAUAAUUUGUAAUCAUGUGCAGCUGGAUUUAAUCCCAGGAAAGGGAGUCUUUGAAUACAAUAUAGAGUUCUUCCCACAAGAAAAUAACCGAUUUUUAAGAAAUCAGAUGAUAAGGCAGCAAGAGGAGUUACUAGGAGAUGCUCUUUUCUUCAGUGAAGAAAAAUUGUUUCUUUCCACAUCAAGUUUUGAAGUAUGUAUUUUUAUUUAA